GCAUUUGCCUCCAAAAACACGCAGAGAAAUGAAGGCCUCCAUGGGAGAUGAAAGACGAGCUUCGCAUCUUGCACUUGUUUGCCUGUUACUAGCAGCAGUUGCAGCAGCAGAAUCAACUCCAAUAGCCAAGCUCGGUUGCCAAGACAGAUGUGGGAACGUCAGUAUCCCAUAUCCAUUUGGUACAACGACGGAUUGCUAUCUCAAUGAAGAUUUUUACAUAGCUUGUAAUUCGACUCACUAUGAUCCUCCACGAGCAUUCUUAACAGGAAGCAAUAUAGAGGUGACAAACAUAACUGUCGGAGGCAAAUUGCGGAUUAUGCAAUUUAUAGCCCGCGAUUGCUACAAUAAAUCGGGCUUCCCAGUUUCCAGCAAUACUCCUUCCAUCACGCUGUCCAAAUUCAGGGUCUCGGAUACUGACAACAAGUUCGUUGCCAUUGGCUGCGAUACUGAAGCAACCAUUCAAGGUGUUCAAGACGCCAAGGGAUACACGAGUGGGUGCAUAAGCAAGUGUGACAGUAUUGACUAUGUGGACAAUUUCACAUGUUCUGGUAUAGGCUGUUGCCAGACAUCCAUUGCUAAAGAUGUAGGGUAUUUUGACAUUUCUGUAAGAAGCUACAAUAAUCACCAAGGUAUCUGGGAUUUCAAUCCCUGCAGCUAUGGCUUUGUUGUUGAAGAAAAUAGCUUCAAUUUUUCUUCGAAUUAUCUUCGUGAUCUGCAAGAUGUAACCAUGAUGCCCAUGGUGCUUGAUUGGUUUAUCGGGAACGAGACGUGUGAAACGAUAAAGACCAAGAGUUCGGGUGAUGUAUGUCAGGGAGAUAGCACUUGUUAUAACGUGGAUAAUGGAUCUGGAUAUCGUUGCAAGUGCUUGGAUGGCUAUCAAGGAGAUCCAUACCUACCUAAUGGUUGCCAAGACAUAGAUGAAUGUAAAGACCCAAAUCUCAAUAAAUGUGAAAAGAUAUGUGAAAAUACAAAAGGAAAUUACACGUGCUUGUGCCCCAAGGGUUAUCAUGGAGAUGGAAGAGCAGAUGGUACAGGAUGUGUUGCCAAUCAAUCUGGAGGAUCACUUAUAAUUGAGCUUACUGUUGGGCUUGGCGUAGGCAUUACAGUAUUGAUAGCAGGUAGCACUUGGUCGUACUGGGCAUUCAAGAAGUGGAAGCUCAUCAAACUUAAACACAAGUUCUUUCGACAAAAUGGAGGCUUGAUGUUGCAGCAAGAACUGUCCAGGCGGGACUCUUCCACUAAAACGGCUAAAAUUUUCUCAGCUGAGGAGCUGGAGACGGCCACCAACAACUAUGAUGAAAGUAGGAUUAUUGGUCGAGGUGGUUAUGGCACAGUCUACAAAGGAACUCUAUCAGAUGGGAGAACCGUAGCAAUUAAGAAGUCCCAAGUUGUUGAUGAAAGCCAAAUCGAUCAAUUCAUCAAUGAAGUUAUUGUGCUUUCCCAAAUCAAUCACAGGAAUGUGGUGAAGCUUUUAGGUUGUUGCUUAGAGACGGAAGUUCCAUUACUGGUUUAUGAAUUUAUCACCAAUGGUACUCUCUUUGAGCAUAUCCACAACAAAAGCAAGGCUUCUUCCUUGACAUUUGAAACCCGGUUACGUAUAGCAGCAGAAACUGCAGGUGUGCUCUCAUAUCUGCAUUCCUCAGCUUCCAUACCAAUCAUUCAUAGGGAUGUCAAGUCUACCAACAUACUCUUGGAUGAUAGUUACACUGCCAAAGUAUCCGAUUUUGGAGCUUCGAGGUUGGUUCCACUAGACCAAGCCGGGAUAUCAACGGUGGUUCAAGGGACCCUCGGAUACCUGGACCCUGAAUACUUGCAGACAAGUCAGCUGACAGAGAAAAGUGAUGUUUAUAGCUUUGGGGUAGUCCUUCUAGAGCUACUGACCGGACAAAAAGCACUUUGUUUUGAAAGGUUAGAAGAGGACAGAAAUCUCGCAAUGUAUUUCAUUUCAGCUUUGAAAGAAGAUCGCUUGGUGCAAAUUCUUGAGAAGUGCGUAGUGGAUGAAGCAAAGAUAGAGAUGGUUGAGGAAAUUGGUAGCCUUGCAAGGAGGUGCUUAAGAGUGAAAGGAGAAGAAAGGCCCACAAUGAAGGAAGUCGCAAUGGAGUUGGAGGGGUUGAGAAUGAUGCUGGAGCAUCAUCCAUGGGUAAACAACGAUGAGUCGAGGUUAGAAGAGACUGAGUAUUUGCUCGGUGAACCAUCGUUGAAAAUUGGUUCUAAUGGCGGUAUGAAUAAUGUUACAUCUGAUAGCAUCACAGAUCAUAUAAUUUUACAACCAAGGAAAAAACCAGAGGUCAUGGGUUUGGAUCGUACGUGUAAGGAGUUUGCUCUGCUUUCACUUAAGUUAACAAUUAUAGCAACCUGGGUAGCAGCGCAACCAAAACCGGAGUGCCAAAGCAACUGCGGGGAUAUCAGCAUCCCUUAUCCUUUUGGAACAGGCAAUGGGUGCAACAUCAGCAGCAACUUUUUCAUUCGUUGCGACACCACCUCCAACCCCCCAAAAACAUUCUUAAGUUCCACCGAUAUUGAAGUUCUCCACAUCUCUCUAGAUGGUUAUUUGCGCAUCCAACAAUUGGUAGGUUUUGACUGUUAUAAUUCAUUAGGACGCAGUUCAUAUGGCGAGUCAUUUUCACUUUUAAACUUCCCCAUAUCUAAUACCAGAAACAAGUUCACAGCCAUUGGUUGUGAUACCUAUGCUCUCAUUGAGGGUACCUUGGGACAUACGUUUUCAACCGGGUGUGUAACAUUCUGCAGUGACGUGGAGGAUGUGAUUAAUGGGUCUUGCUCUGGUAUUGGCUGUUGCCAGGCAGCUAUCCCUAAAGGAGUGAGGAAUUAUGUCUUAAAUUUUGAUACCCGUCGGAAUCAUUCCAAUGUAUUGGACUUCAAUCCUUGUAGUUAUGGAUUUGUUGUGGAAGAUGGAGCCUAUAAUUUCUCUGUUUCAGAUCUUUCCAAUGUUAAUUUCAACACAACGAAAUUCCCAAUCAUUCUUGAUUGGACAAUUGGGAACCAAAAUUGCACUGAAGCUAAAUUAGAUCCAAAAAACUAUGCUUGCAAGGAAAAUAGUGUUUGUAUAGAUCCAGAAAAUUAUAGUUGCAAGGAAAAUACUAGUUGUAUAAACCCUGGAUAUUUGUGCAAGUGUCUUGAUGGCUUUCAGGGUAACCCUUACCUCUCCUAUGGCUGCCAAGAUAUUGAUGAAUGCGAGACACUGAAGCCUUGCAAUGAAACUGCAACAUGUUAUGAUGUAGCUGGAAGUUAUUAUUGUUCGUGUCCUGAGGGAUUUGAGGGUGAUGGCCAGAAAAAUGGAACAGGGUGCAGUCCUAAAGUCAAAUCACACCAGAGUUUUCCCACUCUUCUUGUUGCAUUAGGUAUAGGCAUUUUAUUUUCGCUGUUAUGCUCCUCAUGGGUGUAUUUGGGGCUGAGGCAGAGAAAGCUCAACAAACUGAAACAAGAUUACUUUCAGCAAAAUGGUGGGAUUUUGUUGCGGGAACACCUUUCACGAUAUAAAGAAUACGGCAAGACAGCUAAACUCUUUACAGUCGAAGAACUCAAAAAAGCGACAAACAAUUACCAUGAAAGUAAAAUCCUUGGACGAGGAGGUCAAGGUACUGUUUACAAAGGAUUGUUGCCUGAUGGCUGCAGUGUUGCCAUUAAAAAGUCCAUCAUUGGAGAUCAAAGCCAAGUUCAACAAUUCGUUAAUGAAGUUAUUGUGUUAUCCCAAAUCAACCACAGAAAUGUGGUGAAAUUGUUGGGAUGUUGUUUGGAGACACAAGUCCCUUUGCUAGUCUAUGAAUAUGUAAGCAAUGGUAGCGUCUUCGAUCACUUACACAAUGCCGAUCAUGAGUCUUUCAUAUCAUGGGAAGCUCGUUUGAAAAUAGCCACAGAAGCAGCAGAAGCCCUUUCCUAUUUGCACUCUGCUGCAUCUCCGCCUAUUAUUCAUCGUGAUGUCAAGUUGGCCAACAUACUUUUAGAUGAGAAUUACAAUGCUGAAGUAUCUGAUUUUGGUGCUUCCAGAUUGGUCCCUUCAAAUAAAGAACAAAUAACAACACUCGUGCAGGGAACUCUGGGCUAUUUGGACCCAGAAUAUUUUCAAACAAGUCAAUUGACUGAAAAGAGUGAUGUUUAUAGUUUUGGAGUUGUUCUCAUAGAAUUACUAACAGGUCUGAAAGCAAUUUCUUUCGAAAGACCUGAACAUGAGAGGAAUUUGACUCUGUACUUUAUUGCUGUUAUGAAAGAGGAACGCUUGCUAGAUAUUACUGAUGGACGAGUGUUGCAUGAUAACAACAUUGAACUACUUAAGGAAGUGGCAACUUUAGCUAGGAGAUGUGUGAGAGUGAAGGGAGAGGAAAGGCAAACUAUGAAGAAGUUGCGUCUGAAUUAGAAGUAUGGAGAGAAAGCUCAAGGAGGAAGAGGCUGAAUACUUGCUUGAUGACUUUUAUGACUCGUAUAACACUAACACUAUUCUAUAUGAUAGAUAGAUACUACGGUGAAUAUAGCUAAGAGGUUACUCUACUAUAAGUUCUUGAUUAAA